GCGGCGCGCAGGCGCCCGCCGCCCAGAAGGCAGGAUGAGCAUCGAGAUCCCGGCGGGACUGACGGAGCUGCUGCAGGGUUUCACAGUGGAGGUGCUGAGGCACCAGCCCGCGGACCUGCUGGAGUUCGCGCUGCAGCACUUCACGCGCUUGCAGCAGGAGAACGAGCGAGAAGGCGCCGCGCGCUCCGGCCAUGAGGGCAAAACCUGGGCGGACGCGGGCGCCGCCGCCGGGGGCGGCACCCCCAGCAAGGGGGUCAACUUCGCCGAGGAGCCCAUGCACACGGACUCCGAGAACGGGGAACAGGAGGAGGAGGAGGAGGAGGCCGCGGAUACAGGGGCGUUCAAUGCUCCAGUAAUAAACCGAUUCACGAGGCGUGCCUCAGUAUGUGCAGAAGCUUAUAAUCCUGAUGAAGAAGAUGAUGAUGCAGAAUCCAGGAUUAUACAUCCAAAAACUGAUGAUCAAAGAAAUAGAUUGCAAGAGGCUUGCAAAGACAUCCUGCUAUUUAAGAACCUGGAUCCGGAGCAGAUGUCUCAAGUAUUAGAUGCCAUGUUUGAAAAAUUGGUCAAAGAAGGGGAACAUGUAAUUGAUCAAGGUGAUGAUGGUGACAACUUUUAUGUUAUUGAUAGAGGAACAUUUGAUAUUUAUGUGAAAUGUGAUGGUGUUGGAAGAUGUGUUGGUAACUACGAUAAUCGUGGGAGUUUUGGCGAACUGGCCUUAAUGUACAACACACCCAGAGCAGCUACAAUCACUGCUACCUCUCCUGGUGCUCUGUGGGGUUUGGACAGGGUAACCUUCAGGAGAAUAAUUGUAAAAAAUAAUGCCAAAAAGAGAAAAAUGUAUGAAAGUUUUAUCGAGUCACUGCCAUUCCUUAAAUCUUUGGAAACUUCUGAACGCCUGAAAGUGGUAGAUGUGAUAGGCACCAAAGUAUACAACGAUGGAGAACAAAUCAUUGCUCAGGGAGAUUUGGCUGACUCUUUUUUCAUUGUAGAAUCUGGAGAAGUGAAAAUUACUAUGAAAAGGAAGGGUAAAUCAGAAGUGGAAGAGAACGGUGCGGUAGAAAUCGCUCGGUGUUCUCGGGGACAGUACUUUGGAGAACUUGCUCUGGUAACUAACAAACCUCGAGCAGCCUCUGCACACGCCAUUGGGACUGUCAAAUGUUUAGCCAUGGAUGUGCAAGCAUUUGAAAGGCUUUUGGGACCUUGCAUGGAAAUUAUGAAAAGGAACAUCACCACCUAUGAAGAACAGUUAGUUGCCCUGUUUGGAACAAACAUGGAUAUUGUUGAACCCACUGCAUGAAGCAAAAGCCAGGAGCUAAGUGAAUAGAGUAAUGCUUUCUAUCCAAUCAUCUCCCCUAACCUGUGUUUCAAUGUCCCAAAGUUUAACAGAACAAGGAAGCUGCCCUGAACUGAACUCAACACUUUGGAUAAGAUGACUUGUUUUCUGUUUGAUUUGAUUUUAAAAGCCAUGUUAAUAAAAAGCACACAGAACCCCCGA